CGAGAUAAUACAUUCAAGAUGCCUCGUGCCAAGAGCUCCAGAAAGAAAGACGACAUCCUCAAUCGCUUCUUCAGGGCACACAAUCCCCAUGACGCUACGGGCCAAGACAGCUCCUCCGAGCGAGGAACCCGCGGCCACCGUAGAAGCGCUCGCUCCGGUGACGGUCUAAACAUCGCGCAGAAUGCCGAACCGCGGGUUACGGAAACCCCUAACGGCACCAUCAAGGCGUGUCCCGUGUGUCCUAACAACGGAACCCAUCUCGCCGAUACGUGCGCUGCCUUCGACCAGCUCUCGAUCAAGGAAAAGGUGCGACUUCUCGUCGUCAGUCGCGGCAAUAUGCCCGCGUACAACACGCGGACUUCUUGGUACUCCUACCUUGAGGAGUACAUGAAGACGCCAGGGGCUGAGAUGCCCGGUAGCUUUCCCUGGACCCAAGCGUUCAGUGGCGACGUCGGACAGCUCCAAAAGGAGCUUGACAGGACCGGGGACUGUUCCCAACUGCCU